AUGCUUACGGUAUGUUUAACGGGACCACAAUCAAUGCGACGCGUCAUCAAAAAAAUUUUAGAUUUAACGUGCGCCGAUGAUCCGACGGCAAAUUGUACUGAGAAGGCGAAAGACUGCCAGAAUCUAAUGAUAGGACAAUACAUCAGAAAACUCUGCCCGCAAACCUGCAAUGAUUGUCCACGCUAUCCAUGCAAUAAUGAUCCAAUAGUUAACUGCUCUGCGUAUUCCAGUGAUGAUUGUAAUAACGUGAUGGCGCCAUUGAAAUCAAUGUGCCCCGAGACGUGUCACGUUUGUCGAAUGCCGCCGUGUCUGGACGAUCCGAAUGCAAACUGCGCGCAGAAGUUAAACGAUUGCCAUGAUCCAAUGAUUGGACACUACGUUCAACAGCAAUGCCCAGUGACUUGCAACGCUUGUCCGAGCGCUACUUGUAAUGAUGAUCCAGAUGCAAACUGUGCGGCUCGAGCCAAGGAUUGCGAGCAUUUUUUGUUUGGUCCAGCCACUCAAAAAGCGUGUCCAAUAACUUGCAAUUCAUGCCCUGAUCCAUACUGCUUAGAUGAUCCGGAAAAGGAUUGCAAGGCGAUGGCCAAAGAUUGCGACGCUAUGAUGAUGGAAACCUAUACAAGAUUCUAUUGCCCAGUAACUUGCAAUCAGUGCCCAGUAAAUCCAUGCGUCGACGAUCCAAAAGCCAAAUGUGAGGCAUAUAUCAAUGAAUGCAAUAAUCCGAUUUAUGAGGACUACAUGAAAAGAAUGUGCCGUCGUACCUGCAAAUUCUGUACGGUGCCACCAUGUGAGGAUGAUCCGAACGCGAACUGCGAAGAAAAUGCCAUUUAUUGCGAUAACCUGAUGUUAGGAUCUUACUAUAAGAAGUAA